AAAUAAGCGAUUUUUCCUCGGAGAAAAAACUCCAAAGUGUUUGCUUUUGAUUGCGAUUUUAAUUAAUUAACGCCAAUGCAUCAUCAUUAGGCGGUUUGUGUUAUAUAAAAGGCAGCACAUUGAGAAGACAGUCCGCAGUCUUGCCUCAAUUUGAGUGUCGUGAAAAUGUUUUGUGCUAAAAUUGGAUUUUUCCUCCUUCUCGCCAUAGCGGUUGUGGAGUGCAGUGAUAGUGGGAAAUUGAGAAUUUCAUCCAAGAGGAAUAGCAAUGUAGCUGUUCUCGUGGAUUCAGAUGAGUGCAGAGGUGUUGCUUUUUAUGUUGUUCGUGAUGGUGAAAUUGUGUAUGAAUCCACUUUGGGGCACACGGCGAAGAUAACAACGGAAAUUCAGAGUGAUGAGACUGAGCUGAUCCUCAUGAAUAGUCAGGAGAAGAUCACCUUCAAGAUCAUUGAUGAUACUCCCGAAUUCUUUCGCUUUGACGUCUCGCGGAAAAGUGUGAAACGCGAUAGAACGAUCGUGGAUUGUGUCUCAUUGGGUGGGAAUACACUCAGGUGGUACGGUGGUCCACAGCAAAAGUAUCAGUACUGGCCAGUUGAGAAACUCGUCCUAUCCAAUUAUUCCUACGUUACAAAAGAAGCCGACAGUGCGGCUAUUGCUGAGAGAUAUUGGCUCAAUUCAGAAGGAGCUUUUAUUUAUCUCUCAGACCGAGCUCCACUCUUCAUUGACCAAAACAGCAUGAAGGACAAUCAUUUGUGCUUCGUUGCUAGCCUUGCACUGCCCUACAACCCACGUGCUCAGACGUAUGAUUUUGAGUACAGCAUCGGGGUGGCUUCUGAUCCGAGAAAAGCUCACAUGGAGGCUGUUCAUCGGUUUCUGGGAAAGCCCUCAGGGGUGCCUGAUAGACUAAUGGCAGCACGACCUAUUUGGUCAACAUGGGCCAGGUACAAGAGGGAUGUUGAUGAGUAUGUAGUGAUGGAGUUUGCAAAAGAAAUCAUCGACAACCGCUUCACAAAUAGUCAAUUUGAGCUUGAUGAUGAUUGGGAAAUUUGCUAUGGAGCUUUGACUUUUAGCACUGUAAAAUUCCCCAAUAUUCGCAAAACUGUUCAAGAUCUAAAGGCAAUGGGAUUUAGGGUAACGCUGUGGAUUCAUCCGUUCAUUAACAAGGGCUGCAACCCAUGGUACAAUGAAGCUCUCACAAAUAGAUACUUUGUCCUCGAUCACAAUGGCAAAGAGGAUACUCAGUGGUGGAAUAGCGAACAAGGUGAGGCUGCGUACAUUGAUUUUACAAAUCCUGAAGCUGCAAAUUGGUACACAUCGAGAUUGCAUAAGCUCCUCGAAGACACAGGCAUUGAUAGCUUUAAGUUUGAUGCUGGUGAAAGUAGUUGGCAACCUGAUGAUCCAGUACUACCCUCUACUUCCCUGGAUCAGCAUCCAUUGAAAAUUCAAACAGACUACAUAAGGCAUGUUGCUCAAUUUGGCCCAAUUGUGGAAGUUCGAUCGGGUUUCCGUAAUCAAUUCCAGCAGAUUUAUAUGCGAAUGAUUGACAAGGAUUCCCUUUGGAGCUGGAACAAUGGUCUCCCAACUUUGAUCACGACGCUCCUUCAGCUCAAUAUGAAUGGGUACCCUUUGGUUUUGCCCGACAUGAUUGGAGGCAACGGCUACGAGGGGGCACCUUCGAGGGAAAUGUUUAUUCGCUGGCUUCAAGCUAAUGUUUUCAUGCCCAGCCUUCAGUUCUCAUACGUUCCAUGGGACUACUCGGAUGGGGAUGGCAUUAAGAUCCUCGAUCUAUGUAGGCAUUUUGUUAAACUGCACGAAGACUACACUGACUUGAUCAUGGAACGUUUCCAAAAAGCCGUAGACCAUGGGGAGCCUGUUAAUCCACCCAUUUGGUGGGUUGAUCCUAAGAAUCCAGUAGCUCAAAGUAUCUACGAUGAAUUCCUCCUUGGAGAAGAAAUUCUAGCUGCUCCUGUAACGGGUGAAGGACAAACAUCGAGGGACAUCUAUUUGCCAGCUGGAGAAUGGCAAGAUGGCAAUAAUGGAUCAAUCUACAAUGGUCCAUAUUGGUUACAUAACUACCCAGCUCCACUUUCAGUUCUGCCUUACUUUAUUCGUCGACAUAAAUAAAAGUCAAAUUUCGAAUAAAGAUUUUUAAAAAUA